UUUAUUGAGGAUGGAGAGUUGGGCUGCCAAAGCGGGCGACGUGUUCCACUCAUACUAUGAGAUCCCAUUCUACCAUUUGAUAGUUGAGAUCGGACUGGUUCUCUUCAUCCUCAAGAUUCUGAUGAGCAAGAGCACGGGAUCCCCUGCUGACGAAACACCCCUCACAGAGAAGGAAAUGGAGAAGCUGAUUGCGGAGUGGACUCCAGAACCAUUAGUACCAGUUGGAGCGGCUGAAAAGGAAGUUCCUGUUCCCAUCAUUGAGAGUAAGGUUGGUAAAUACGUAACGAUAAACGGGAAGGAAUGUCUAAAUUUGGCUACCAUGAACUUCCUUGGAAUGAUCGGCAAACAAGAGAUUGAGGAAGCAGCUAUUACAAGCGUGCUGAAAUACGGAGUAGGAUCUUGUGGUCCUAGAGGCUUCUACGGAACUAUUGAUGUACAUUUACUGUUGGAGGAGAAAUUGGCCCAGUAUAUGGAAUGCGAGGAAGCUAUCAUCUACAGUUACGGUUUCGCCACAGUUGCCAGUGCAAUCCCUGCUUACAGCAAACGAGGCGACAUCAUAUUUUGCGAUGAAGAAGUGUGCUACGCGAUACAGAAAGGCAUCCUAGCUUCACGUAGUACUGUUUAUUACUAUAAACACAACGACUUAGACCAUCUUGUAGAACUGCUGGAGAUUCAGGCUACUAAAGAUAGAAAGAACCCAAAGAAAGCCAGGGUAACGAACAGGUUCCUGGUAACGGAGGGACUUUUCAUCAACACUGGACAAAUCACCAACCUUCCCCGACUGAAGUGUCCUAUAAAGGGUGUUGGUAGAACACAGAAAAGAAUCAAGGUCAGAGAUAAUGGAAGAGUAACGAAGGACCUGACCGUAAAAAACAUUAUAACCAACAGAAGAGGAAAUAUUACUGUUAGGAAAGGUGUACAUGACCACAGGAAAGUUGAAGUCAUCAAGUUUGUUGUAAAGCUUGGUGGCGACGUGUCCGGAGUUAUUCAUCGAGAUGUUGAUGUCGAGAUAGUUUACGGACUUAUUGUCGUCACCACUCCUCUCCAUAAGCAGGUCAGGUGGAUAAAUGGACCUGAUUAG